CUAGCGGUGCGGCUUCAGUGCGUCUGUAAACACUGCCGAGUGCGGUACUGAAGCGACAUUAGCUCCGCUCGAAGAUUCCCAAUUCUGGGUGAACUGGCUAACGGUAGCAAGCCCAUCCGAACGAAAGUGAAUGUGCGUCCAGGUCUAAAAUAAAAUUGGUACGGAAGCCAAACGAAUAUACAAGAAUAUACGAAGUGAACAAGUUCAGAUAGAGAGAUAGAUUCAAAGUGCAGCGCUAAAUAAAAAAUCAGUGCAGCUGCUUCCUGAGUGCACCUGUUUCCCCAGCAGGGCGCACGUACGCAUACGCACCUUUGGAUACGCGAAGAAAUGGGAAGUACACACGCUGGUGUGGUGUGCAGUGCUUGACAACUUAAUGCCAAGCAGUCGAGAAGCCAAAGGGCCCUAAAAACAGUGCGACCUUGUCUUGUCUUCACCGGACUUCUUAUACCCAUAGGGCCAUACAUCAAAGUCGGGCCUUAAGGUCUUGGGACUACACACAAAUCACAUUUGGAUAAUACAACUCAUACGCUAGAAGAUGCUGAAGCACGUGCAAAUCUCGCCGCUGCGGAAUCGAUCCGAUUCGGUGUCCCUUCGCUCCUCCAGCCACGCCUCCUCGUGCGCCAGCUCCAUGUGCGGCAGUCCGGAGCCGCCGGCGGAGCUGCAGAGGACGCCCUCGAGGGCCUCCAGUUACUCCAGCCUCAACGAGCAGCUGCCACAGACCACAAUCAAGGUGUACACAAACUGCCUGAAGAUCGACAUCGAGUACAAGACCCUGGGCAUCCAGUGGGACACCACCAGCAAGGAGGUGAUUGGCCAGCUGCUAAGACGCCUCAAGAUGCGGCAUCGCGAUCCACGCCUGUUCUACCUCUCCAUGGAGGUAGCUGUGCGUCGGGCCGGAGUGAAGACCAUCUUGGUGCUGGACGACGACACCCGGCCGGCCAUCAUGCAGGCCUGUCAUCCAAAGGGCGAGUCCCGCUUCUGCCUGCAGCUGAAGCCAGGUGGCCUGAUCCGCGUCCACACCUCCGCGCUGCAGCCCAGCUCCCAGUACAAGUCGCUGGUCAUCAGCGAGGAGACCACCUGCGACGAGCUGCUGCACCUGCUCCUCGGCUGCUACAGUUCGCCCGAGCCGGUGGAGAACUUCUCGCUGUACGAGGUGUGUCCCGGCCAGGAGUGCCAGCGAAAACUGCACCCGGACGACCUGCCACUGCGCACCCAGAUGGAGCGCAUGAAGCGCGGCGAGGGCUGCCACUUCCUGGUGCGCCGCACGCCCAACUACGCCCGCCGGCGCCAGCUGCUGGCCAAUCUGAACGAGGCGAUUGGCCAGGCGGCGGAGGCGGCAGAGGAUGCCACCAGUCUGCUGGAGCUGUCCUUGGAGUCGGACAUCUCGCUGUCCGAGGAUCUGCGAAGCUGCAGCAGCAGCGAGGAUGCGGAGGACGCGGACGAGUGCGCCAGCAGUUCCGGCUCCUCGGACAACUCGACGGAGUGUGCCCUGCGCCGGGACUUUUACCUCCACACCACGCCCGCAGCUCCAGCUCCAGUUGUGCCCCAGGUGGCGGUGGCCGUGUCACCCGCUCGAGUCUACAGUCCCGUGUACAACAUACGUGAGAUUCGCACCGCCUCGCACUCGUUCUCGUCGCUGGGAAAGGACAAGAAGCUGCUGGACAUCCACAUGAACGCCCGCUUUGCGUCCGGAGGAGUCUACGGCAGACUGAUGCCCGUGGCGGAGACGGAGACCCAGGACAUGAACGGCAACACCAGCACCAAGCUCACGGCAGAGGCCGUCAACAACAAUCCGGCCAAGGGCCUGGGACACUUUGUCUACCUGUAGCGAAUUGGUCAGUGGGAGUGCAACCCGUACAAUGAGACCCAAAAAUGAGAGAAGAUAUCGAGUACCGUUUGGACCAAAGAUGCAUUUGUAGUUUAAGCCGUUAGAGUGGGAAAAUGUAAAUAGGAAAUAUGCCUGCGAGUAAAGUAACCUAAGAUUAGCUACGAUUAGUUUAGUUGUUUGUUUUUAGUUUUUCCUACGCUACGAAAGAUACUUUGUCCUUAGUGUAAUGCAAAGAAACCAUCUGCUAACAAUCCCAAAUCAAUGGAGUCUAUAGCUUAAGGCUUUAGUUCCGCAACUAAAGCUUCGAUAAGAGUAUGAAUCUGGAUAGCUUGUGGCUAACAUUCGUGUGUAAAAACCAAAAGAUAUUUUAAUAAUAAGAACUAAUUAUGUACAACCUGA